AUGCUUGCAUUGAAAGAUUAUGGUAGCAGCGGCGACGAUAACAGUGAAUCCGAAAAUGAGAGUGAAAAUAAAAAAAGUGAGGUUAACUGUAUCGUCGAUUCUAUCAACGUUUCUACCGUUAAUUCUAUUCCCGCAGAAAAUUUGGCUGCAUCUCUAAAUAUGCAAAUUUGUUCCGCACCCGAAGUGAUACCAAUGGGAACAGAAUUAUGUAUAAACCAUAUAGAUUCAACUGUGCAAGAGAUAAUGCACAACCCUAAAUAUGAAGAACUUUUUGCACCUGAUGUUGGUCCAGAAAAUCCAUUUAAAACACAACAGCAACGUGCUAUAAAAAAUAUGCUUUCUGGAUAUGUUGAGAAAGCUCAUAUAAGCGAGUUUCAAUUUGAGAAUCAAAGAAGAACAUUUGCUAGUUAUGGGUAUGCACUAGAUCCAACUGUAGAUGGUAGUGCAGAAGAGGGUAAAACAAUCAUUGGUGCAAAAGAUGCUGCUGAAGAAUCUGGUGGUAAAACUGUAUUUGAAAGUACAACGCUAAGGGCUUCUGACAAAAGAAAACGUCACAGAAAUGAUGAUCCUGCAGAUAUAGAAGGCUUUUUAGGUCCGUGGGGUGGAUAUGUAGAUGAAAAACGAGUUAUUAAACCAACUGAAGAAGAAGCCGCAGAAUUAGAAGAAAUAUUAGCGAAAAGAAAUAGACGAGGGAAACCAACAGAAGAAAAACCACUCGAAGAAAAAACAGUAUUACAUAUUAAAGAUAGUGUGGAUUAUCAAGGCAGAUCGUUUUUACAUGCACCACAGGAUGUUGGUGUAAAUUUAAGAUCGGAAUCACCACCUGACAGAUGCUUUUUACCAAAAGCGCAAAUUCAUACUUGGGAAGGACAUACCAAGGGUAUUUCACAAAUCAGAUGGUUCCCACAUACUGCACAUUUGUUACUUUCUAGUAGCAUGGAUUGCAGGGUAAAGUUGUGGGAAGUUUAUAAAGACAGAAGAUGUAUCCGAACUUAUUAUGGUCAUCGUCAAGCUGUAAGAGAUAUAAGCUUUGAUAACGAUGGGAAAAGAUUUUUGUCUGCUGGAUAUGAUCGUUAUGUAAAAUUAUGGGACACAGAAACGGGUGGUUGCAUAAGUCGAUUUACUAGCAGAAAAAUUCCAUACUGCGUGAAAUUUAAUCCUGAUCCAGAUAAGCAACAUUUGUUCGUAGCAGGCACCAGUGAUAAAAAAAUUAUUUGCUGGGAUAUCCGUUCCGGUGAAAUAACACAAGAGUAUGACAGACAUUUGGGGGCUGUAAAUACAAUAACAUUCGUAGAUGAAAAUCGAAGAUUUGUAACAACUUCGGACGAUAAAAGUCUAAGAGUAUGGGAGUGGGAUAUACCGGUCGACAUGAAAUACAUAGCCGAUCCUUCGAUGCAUUCUAUGCCAGCAGUUACACCCUCUCCUAAUCAAAAGUGGUUAGCAUGCCAGAGUAUGGAUAAUAAAAUUGUUAUAUUUUCUGCAUUAAACAGAUUCAAAAUGAAUCGCAAGAAAACAUUUACGGGUCACAUGGUUGCUGGUUAUGCGUGUGGUUUGGACUUUUCUCCUGAUAUGAGUUAUCUUGUGUCGGGAGAUGCGGAUGGAAAAUGUUACAUUUGGGAUUGGAAAACGACGAAAUUGUAUAAAAAAUGGAAAGCACAUGACGGUGUCUGUAUCGACGUACUAUGGCACCCUCAUGAACCUUCAAGAUUAGCUACAGCAGGUUGGGAUGCAAAAAUAAAAUAUUGGGAUUAAGAGCAUUAUAAAUUGUAUUUUUACAGAAGUAAUUUCUGUUUGUCUGCCUUUGUAUUUGUAUCUGUAUUUUAUAUCACAUGUAUAAAUAGAUUCACUUUAUAUAUAUAUACAUAUA